AUGAGUCCUGCCCUGAUGCUGGCCCUGCUGGGCAUCACCCUCGCCCUGCCCGGAGCGAGAGCCCUGGACUGCUACUUUGGGGGAGCGGAGACCGUGCGGAAUGUAUCGGAACAGCCCUUGCAGUGGACGACUUCCCAGAAGAACUGUGGCGAAGGUUUGGGCUGCCAGGAAACGGUGAUGAUCGCCCAGAAUGAACUCUCCCUGUAUCUGGUGCUCCUCAAGGGCUGCACCCAGGCCGCCAAUCAGGAGGCCCGCGUCACCGAACACACUACAGGCCCCGGCCUGUCCAUCAUCUCCUACACGCGGGUAUGCCGGGAGAAUCUAUGCAACGAUCUCGCCACCAGCCUCCCUCUCUGGACCCCGAGCCCACCCAAAGUCCCGGGUUCUGUGCGGUGUCCAGCCUGCUUGUCUACAGAAAGCUGUCUGUCGGCCCCAGAGCUGACCUGCCCGGCCGAGAGCUCACACUGCUACAGUGGGGUCCUCCACCUCACCGCUGGGGGCGGCACCACCAGACUCCAAGUCCAAGGAUGCAUUUCUCAACCAGGCUGCAACCUGCUGAAUGGAACCCAGGAAGUUGGGCCCAUCAGCCUGCAGGAGACUUGCUAUCCUCAAGGCAAUCUGACCUGUCAUCGGGGGGUCAUGCUGCGGAUGUCUGCAAGCCUGAGCCAGGACCCUGUCAAGUGGUCCACACCUGCGGAGCAGCAGUGUAACCCUGGGGAGGUGUGUCAGGAGACCCUUCUGCUCAUAGAUGUAGGACACAGGUCGAUCCUGCUGGGGAGCAAAGGCUGCAGCCAGAUCAGGACCCCGGCUACCACCAUCCACUCGAGGCCCCCCGGAGUGCUGGUCGCCUCCUAUGCUCGGGUCUGCUCCUCCGACUACUGCAAUUCGGCCGCCAGCAGCAGCGUCCUGGUCAACGCCCUCCCUCGUCCAGCCGCCCCGGCCCCAGGACACCUGCAAUGUCCCAGCUGUCUGGUCCUUGGAUCCUGCUCAGAAAGCUCUAACGUUGUGACGUGUCCUCAGGGCACCAGUCACUGUUACAAGGGUCAAAUUUUUCUCUCGGGAGGUGGGGUGACCUCCCCAGUGGGCAUCCAGGGCUGCGUGGCCCACCCAUCCAGCACCUUGUUGAGCCGUAGGCAGACUAUCGGGGUCUUCAACGUGCUUGAGGAGCGUGAGGGUGACGAUAAGGUGGAUCCGCCUCCCAUUUUAAGUGGAGCCGCCCCUGGCCCUUCCCUGGCUUGGGUGGUGGGGCUGGGGCUGUCCCUAGCCCUUUGGUGUGGGGCACCCUCCUUGCUGACCCUGUUCCCCCAUAAUCCUUAG